AUGGCUGGAAUCAACAUAGCCAAGACCGGCGGUGGGUUCUCCAUCAGCAAGCCUACGUCUGGUGCUCGCCCCAAGUCAGCCCCGGCAGCCAGGGUUGCCGAGCUCCUCGUGUGCCGCAGCUUGGGCAUUGUCAAAGAUAGGGAAGACGUCACUGCCGUUGCGUUGGAUGCGUUCGCGGACCGCUUCAAGGACCAGCUGUCGCCGGACGUGAUCGUGGCCAUGCGUGGGCUGUUCAAGCUUGAUGACAGCAGCGCAGUGGAUGUCGAGGAGGCCCUCAUAGCACAUGGUGGGGGAGGUGCUCUUGACCUGGUGCAGAACGGCGUCGACGCUGUGGCGCAGCUGGAGGCAAGCUGA